AUGCAAUUAAUGUCAGAUGACAGUCCAAGAGAAGGCUCUUCAGAAACAGAACCCAUCUUAAACGAGUCUAGAAGUGCAGAUGGAAUUGACAAUCAUUCAUCUACAUUUGAAAUAAGAACUGAAGGUAGCAGUGAUUGUUCCAUAUCUGUUGAAGAUUCACAAAGUUCCGAUGCCAAUGAAAAUACUAGUCUGGUUGCUUCAGACCAACCACAGUGCCGCAUAUGCCUUGAUACAGAAGGAGAUGAUUUGAUUGCACCAUGUCAUUGUAGAGGCACUCAGAAAUAUGUCCACAGGUCAUGUCUAGACAAUUGGAGGUCAACCAGGGAAGGAUUUGCUUUCUCUCAUUGCACAGAAUGUAGGGCAGUGUUUAUACUACGUGCAAAUGUCCCUCCUGAUAGAUGGUGGUUGAGAUUGAAAUUUCAAUUGCUGGUUGCUAGAGAUCAUGCAUUCAUUUUUGUCAUUGUUCAACUCAUUGUGGCGUUCUUAGGUGUGUUGGUGUACAAAUUUUAUGGAGAUGAACUGAGAGAAAUGUUUGGAUAUGAAGAGCACCCUUAUGGGUUUUAUACCAUGGCUGUGCUAGCAAUUGUUUUGGUGGGGUUGCUGUAUGGGUUUUUUAUAGCCAUAAUAUGUGGACAACGAAUCAAUGAACGACACUAUCACAUUCUUGCCAAACAAGAACUCACAAAGGAGUACAUUGUUGAAGACAGAGAGUUGAACAAGGGUGUUACUGAACUUGACCCCAGUCAUGUCACAGAGCUAAGAAUGUUGGGUCUGUAUUGAACAUUUGUAUAUUCAUAUAUGAGAUUUGAGAGAGAGAGAGAGAGAGAGAGAGAGAGAGAGAGUAUCAUUAUGUUGUGUUUGUUGUACAUUUAUUUUCACACGUACAACAUAUGAUUAUUGAUUGAUUUAUAUUUGUUUGGUGUGGGGGAAGUGUCUAGUUAUUAUUUUUUUUUUUAACUGUUUAUGAAGCAAUGCAUCUUUCUUGAUGUAAAUAUUAAUUAAUCCGCAUGGAUAGUCUGUUGUUAUAAAAUUGGAUCAGUUUGCUUGUAUACGAAUUAAUUAAUGUUUGGAUUA